AUGUACUUGCCGAACACGAACGCCUCUUCGCAGAUCAUGCAGUUUCCCUCUAAUCAGUCCCAGCAGCAGUUUUCUGCAAUUUCUUCCUACUCCCCACAGCAGCAGUUUAUCGUUCAGCACCCCCAGCAGCAGGGCGUGUAUCAGACGCAAAACCCGCAGCUCGUUCCGAUGAACAUUCCGUCGCAGUCCAAUCAGCAGUACGUUGGUGGACCAACGGGCACGAUCUACGAAGGCGGAGUCCAAGGAUCGGUGAACCAGACCUCCCCUGAGCACAAUGCUGCCCGUCACAACAGAACACAGAUGAUUCCAGUUCCGUCCAACGACGAGCGAUACCGAAAGCAGCUCAUUGUGAACUACCUUGCCCAGGACGUCACCAGUGCCGACCUACACACUCUCUUCGCGCGUUUUGGCCCCCUCGACGGCGCGCGAAUCAUCUUUGAUCGCCAGACAAGCAUGCCUCGCGGCUAUGGCUUCGUUUACUUCCGCUAUCCCGAUAGCGCCAAGCAGGCUGUGGACUCCAUGAACGGCUACGAGUUCCACGGGAAGCGCCUCAAGGUAGGGUACUCGACCAACCCACUCAACAUUAUCUCGAGUGCACCCUCGAAUCAAUACUCUGCCGGGCAGGUGAAGUAG